CGGGUUUAAACCAAAACCAAAACCCAAGCCCAAACUAGUAUUAUUUAUUCCAUGCUGUUCAGAAUUCGGUUUUCUUCAAAAUCCUUUUCCGGUUUCGGUUUCGGUUUCUUGGAUUUGAUUUGAUGAGAAGUUGGGCCUCUUAUGGAUGCACAUCAGAAAUUCACAACGGUGAAGCGAACCACGAGAACUAUCGUUGCCCCGAAAUUGUCAGCAGCUGAUCAGGUAAUUUUUUGUAUUUUUUUUAUUAAUUCCCGUUUUAUGAUUUCAAUUUCGCUUAAUUAGUCCGUUACUUAAUUAUCUAGGGUUUAAUUGUUUAUAUCUUCUCUUCCUGAAGUAAUGGUUUUUCUGCUUUAUGUAGUUGAGGAAAUGAGAGUAUAAAUGUUCUUUGAUUUCUUGAAGUAUGUUAACUAUACAAAUUCACACCUUCAUGUUUUGAUUUCCUAGUUUUAUUCUAAGCAUUUAUUCUCACUUUUUUGAUCAAUUGAUGAUUUAGUUUUGGGCAAAUCUGGUUGUCCGAUCCGCUUGACAGGAAUGGCUAAGACAAGGAGUAUGACUAGAAACCAGAAUCAUGAUGAUGCAUCAACAUCUAGCAGGAAGAAGAGGGUCAAGACUUGUGACAACAAUGGUGCAACACCUUGGUCAGGGCUUAACCAUGAUGUGCUUUAUUUGGUUAUGAUGCAACUUGGAGUCAUUGAUUUUGUUGCAUUGAGUGGAGUUUGUAAGUCAUGGAGAUCAGCUGCACACUCUAACAGGAACAGGUUUAUGGCAUCCAGAUCACCCAUGUGGAUACAGAUCAAAGAUCGUCCUUAUAAGAAAGAAUUAUAUCUACAGGACUUUGAAGGAAGAAAGUUCAAAACCCUCCUUCCUCAUUCUGCUGACACGAGUUUUGUUGGAUUAACUUGUGGUUACUUGAUCUUGCGGAAGAACAAAACAAGAGACUUUUGGCUUGUGAAUCCCAUCACACGCCAUCAACUUCAUUUCCCUUCUUACCCCUGUUGGGCAAAUAUUGAUCCAGUUAAGGCUAUCCUUGUCUUUUCACCUUCAAUAUCUGAUUGGGUGUUGGUGGCGUUUCAUAUAAAUAGCUAUUUAUUAUGGUUUUCUAGAGUGGAUAAAGGAUUCUGGAGUCCAGUCUCCCCCGUUUUCCCAAUGCUUGAUGCAAUUGCUUUCAAGGGGAACAUAUAUACCCUACACACUGGUAAUCGUGUAUGUGAAAUGAGACUUGGUCUAAACCCCAAACUAACUUUACUUGAAUUCAAGAAUUCUCCAAAGCUGGGUUUAAGCUUAGUGCUUCAGCAGUUUGUAAGUUCAGAUGAAAGCCUUUAUGUGUUUGAUUGGAUUAUACAAUAUGAUAAGCGCUUCAGUGCUCACAAACUAGAUUUUGGUGAAAUGAAAUGGGUGUCAGUGUCUCCAGAAGGAGAAUCUGUUUUCUUUCUUGGUGAUAUGAAAUAUGGUGCUGUUAUUAAACCAGAGUCAUGGGCUGACUCUCAGUUAUUACAAUACAGGAGAUAUGCUGCCACUGAUCAAAGUCCAAAAGGCAUGUUCAAUAUGGGCCACUUAUGGUAUUUCCCCCAUGAUUGUUUCAAUGAUAAUUGUAUACAUGAGUGAUAUGAUACACUUAAUUGUUAGCUUUGCAUAUGUGGCAACAUUUUCAUAAUAUUGAGAAGCAACAUUAUAUUAGUGGAUUUGGAUUUUGUAGUUGGUUGCAUAAUAGUUUUUGUUGUCUUUUAUGUAAUGAAGGCCCUCUUUUUGGUUUUUAGAUGUAAAUUGAAAAAAAUAUGUAUAUGAUUUCUUUUUAUCGAGUUCGUAUAA